UACCCUAGCCGAGUCUCCGCUCAAGGCAUUAACGUGAGCGUAGUGUGUGUGUGUGUAUCCAGCGAAAAUUACCCGGAGACGGACGGAGGCAGUUUAUAACCGUACCAAUGUCUGUGGCCUAUAAAUAUAUUAUAUUAACCGGGGCGGAAUCAUCUCGUGGACACAAUAUAUCGAAAAUGAGGGAAUAAUCCGAGGAGAGGCACGGCGAGGCUCGUCUGUAGCUACGGUUUUGUUGAACUGCGAGUGGGAUCACAGCUGCUGGCUACGAAAAUGUCGAGAAAAAUAGAGAGCAAGCAAGACUCGCAACGGUCCCAUCUGUCUACUUUCACCAUGAUCCUGAAGGACAAGUUCCACUCUCCCAAGAUCAAGAGGACUCCAUCCAAGAAGGGCAAGCAACUGCAGCCCGAGCCAGCAGCCAAGAGUACUGAGAAACCUACUAACAAGAAGGUUAGUAGGCUGGAGGAGCAGGAGAAAGAGGUGGUCAGUGCCCUGCGCUACUUCAAGACAAUCGUGGACAAAAUGGUUGUGGAGAAGAAGGUUCUGGAGAUGCUUCCAGGCUCGGCCAGCAAGGUGCUUGAAGCAAUCUUGCCUCUGGUGCAGGUAGAGGCGCGGAUACAGCACAGUUCAGCGCUGUCAUCUUGCCACAGUCGCGUAUAUCAGAGUUUGGCCAACCUUAUCCGCUGGGCCGACCAGGUGAUGCUGGACGGGAUUGACUUGGACGAUAAGGAAAAUGUGGCUUCCGUCACCAAUGUCAUCAAAGCGGUGCUGGAUGGAGUAAAGGAGCUGGUGAAGCUGACCAUAGAGAAACAGGAACAGCCGUCACCUACCACGCCUAAUAAACCAGCAGCACCUGCUGUCACAGCCGAGAGCAGCGUGUCAGCGGAGAGGCCCCUGAUAGAUCGGGAGCAGGAGGUCUCGAGUAAGACUGCUCCGGCAGCCGCUCCUGUGGAAGCUGCCCCUGAAGUACCAGAUGAGGAAGUAGCACCUCCCAAACCCCCACUACCGGAAGCCAAAAUGGCUGAGCUCAGUCCUCCACCAGCUCUUCCUCCUAAGAAGCGACAGUCAGCCCCUUCACCUACACCAGUGGCAGUGGUCGCCCCGAUGAGCCGUGGCUCCAGCCUCCCGUGUAGUGACCACAGACAGGAGUAUGAACAGGAGUUCCUUCAGAGGCGUUUCUCUGGGGGAAGCCACUCGUACGGUGGCGACUCUCCCCGUCUUUCACCUUGCAGCAGCAUGGGGAAACUCAGCAAAUCCGACGAACAGCUUUCUUCCAUAGAGCAAGACAGCGGGCAGUGUUCUCGGAACACCAGCUGUGAGACGCUCGACAACACAGAUCACUACGACCCAGAUUAUGACUUCCUCCACCAGGACUUGUCAGCUGGGGAGAACCUGCCCCCAAUACCAGUCGGGGGGUGCCUCAGCCCCCUGCCCGAGUCUCACAGCGAGUCCUCUUCCCCCGUUCCUGGACAGCACCCCUCGCAUCCACGCUUCAGCGCUCCCCCACCCCAGCACCAAGAUUACUGGACCCCCCAGCCCAAUCACACUAACCCCUUACAGUCCUCCCGCAUCAGCGCACCACCUGCCCUGCCGAUGAAAAAGCGGCGCAGCACCCAGACAUCGUCCUUCUCCGACGGUGGGUCCAGGGUGCUGUACGAGCGAUUCCCCUCGCAGUACGACAACCUGUCGGAAGAGGAACUUCAUCCCACGCCACCGUUCCCCCUUUUCACACCCAUCUCACCCAUGCCCCAAACAAAUGGGGGCGUGUUUGUUUCCCAGUAUGUUGCUAGUGAGAAUGCAGAUGUCCCCGCCAGCCCACCGCCACUGCCAGAAAAGAAAAGCAAACACAUCCUUCAAUACAUGCAGUUUGUGGAAGACUACUCGGAGCCGCAGCCCUCUGUCUUCUACCAGAUGCCGCAGAGCGAAAGCAUCUAUGAACAGCGCAACAAGCGCUUCCAGGAGGUCUACGGCUUCAACGACUCCUUCAGCAGCACCGACUCAGUGCACGAGCCAGUGCAGCCCCCGGCUUUGCCACCAAAGCAAAGACAACUGGCCUCCCACUCCUCUUCCCCUUCUUCUUCCUCCUCCUCCUCUCUCUCCUGCCACCUCCAGCCGUCUGUGGCGGCAAUGGAGGAGGCGGGCUCUGGGCUGGGCCUCAGCAUAUCGGUUUCUAACUCCUACCUGAUUGGCCAGGCGUCCAUGACCACACCCACGAGCUUGGACCAGGUUGCCUUGACCAAUGCCACCAUUCUGGAUGGCAGCGGGGGCGGGCCCAACGGUUCCCUGGCUGGCUCAGUGGGUUCUAUGGCUGUCUGUCUUCCUUCUGAGUCUUCUCUCACUGACUCUCUCCACACCUCAGCGAGCGAGAGCGCGAACGACGAGGGCGGGGAGGGGGAGUAUGUCAACUUGUACUCAUCCAGCCAGGCCAAUGGGGAGCUGCCGCUCUCCCUCAGAGAAACAAUCGCGGCUGAUGAUGUCCUUCAAGACCCCACCCCUCAGAUGCCAUCCACCAAUAGCAAAGAGGUUUUGGAUAAGGAAAGAAGGCAAAAGGCGACUGAUUCAGCUGGGAGCGAUGAAGAAGAUGUGGACGAGCUCGCCCUCAUAGACCACAAGGAGAUCAUGAGCAGGAUAACACUAAAACAAGAAAAUGACGACGGCCCCGACGUCCGUGCCGGAUCAGGGGACAUCCUAUUAGUCCACGCUACAGAAACAGACCGCAAAGAUCUCGUUUUGUACUGUGAAGCCUUUCUGACUACAUAUAGGACUUUCAUAACCCCAGAGGACCUCAUUAAGAAGCUGCACUACAGAUAUACCACGUUCUGCCAUAGUCCAGACACCUUCAAGAAACGUGUCAGCAAGAACACGUUCUUUGUGCUGGUUCGUGUGGUAGAUGAGCUGUGCCUGGUAGAGCUGACCGAAGACAUUUUGAAACAGCUCAUGGACCUGGUGUUCACACUAGUGUGUAAUGGCGAACUCAGUCUCGCCCGUGUGCUCCGCAAGAAUAUCCUGGAUAAGGUGGAGCAAAAGAAGCUGCUGCGUUACACUAACUCACUCAAGCCCCUCGCCGCACGAGGGGUCUCUGCAAGGCCUGGAACUCUUCACGAUUUUCGCAGUCACGAGAUUGCCGAUCAGCUCACACUUCUCGAUGCUGAACUUUUUUACAAAAUUGAGAUUCCCGAAGUUCUACUUUGGGCCAAGGAGCAGAAUGAGGAGAAGAGUCCGAACCUGACUCAGUUCACAGAGCACUUUAACAACAUGAGCUAUUGGGUUCGCUCUUUGAUAAUUCAGCAAGAGAAAGCUCAAGACAGAGAGAAGCUGCUUCUCAAGUUCAUUAAGAUAAUGAAGCACUUAAGAAAGUUGAAUAACUUCAACUCCUACUUGGCAAUACUGUCUGCUUUGGACUCGGCCCCCAUCAGGAGGUUGGAGUGGCAGAAGCAGACCUCAGAGGGAUUGGAGGAGUAUUGCACGCUGAUCGACAGCUCCUCCUCCUUCAGGGCAUACAGAGCUGCGCUGGCUGAAGUGGAGCCCCCGUGCAUCCCGUACUUGGGUCUCAUCCUCCAGGACCUGACCUUCGUCCACCUGGGGAACCCUGACCUGAUCGACGGGAAGGUCAAUUUCUCCAAACGCUGGCAGCAGUUCAACAUUCUGGACAGUAUGCGGCGCUUCCAACAAGUGCAUUAUGAGCUGAAGCGCAACGAAGACAUCGUCUCGUUCUUCAACGACUUCAGCGAUCACCUGGCCGAGGAGGCCCUCUGGGAGCUGUCGCUGAAGAUAAAGCCCAGAAAUAUCUCGAGACGCAAGACGGACCGCGAGGAGAAGACCUAGGGCCCGCAGAGGGGAGGAGGGCCUCCAACACUGACCUCCAACUGUGCUUCAUGACACUAACUCCACUUUACUACAGACUGAAAGAGAGACGAACGGAAGCUACCCGCCGAGGCUGAUGGGAGACUCAUUGUGGGUGGGGGGAGGGGGUUGAGAACAAACUACAGACAACUGAAGCGUCGUCGAGGUUUACAAAGAGCUCUACAGCUCGGGGAGAUUAUAAUUGGGAUUAUUGGAGACAUUUUGUGGCUGCGGCGAGACAACAGGUAGACCAGUGCCAAGGAGGUGAAGAAUCACAGGGAGACACUACGGAAAUGACCAAAGUCUGCUCCCUGGGCUUUCUGUUUUAGAGUGGAGCUGCUGCGCGAGUGUGUGUGUGUGUGUGUGUGCGUGAGUGUGUGAGCUGAAUGGUCCAUUACUCUCAAGCCGCUCCUUCCUCUUCCUCAUCUAUGUGCCAUGUAUUGGUUUUCUUCAGCCCUCUCCCUACUCGAGUUCCCCUCAAACAGCAGCCUGACACAAACUGUGACGUCUACAGGCGGGCUGUGGACCCCCGAGGGCCCGCUGUGGGCACAAAGCUGGGAGGUGGGAGAUUUGGACUUGGAGGAGAGGAUGGCCAUGAUAGACUGGAAUCCUAUGUUUUGCAACAUUUUUGUGUAAGAAUCAUGUAUGGUUAUGAAAUGUAUUAUAUACAGUGCUCCUUUUGUUCUUAAAAAGGAUGUUUAUGCUUAUGAGAAGAGCUCCGCUUCUCCCAAGUGCCAUACACGUGCACUUGAAAAAAAAAAAAAAGAUAAGCAAAGCAAAAACACAAAAAGAGAAACAACUAAAGAUGCUGUGAUCUAUGUACGUCAUUCUGAAUCAUCGAGUGCCGUGUUCAAGUGUAGAGAAACCAUCAGGCAAUCACAGUCACGUCCCGGUCAUGUUAGUGUGUGAAAGAGGCGCCUGUGUGUGACUGAAGUCCUCUGUGACUUGUGUGUGUGUGUGUCAUUCCAAAAAUGUGCUGUAGUAAAAUCAUUUUUUAUUCCUUUUUGGGGAUAAAACCAACACAUCACACUGUGCUCUCAAACUCCAAUAAAGCAAACGGCUCUUUCUAUA